AUGGGGAGGCUUGCACCAUUGUCAGAAGAGCCCAAUAUCAACGAAGAAGAAGAGGCCACAAACCGAUCAAGCAAAGGCAUUCUGCGCAGCACUCAGACAUGGAGGAACUGGAUCAAAACCCACCUCUCCUCCCUUGCGCUCUUCAACAAGAGGUCUGAUUUCAAGGUUCUUCUCAGUGUUCUUGGUUGCCCUCUUUUCCCUGUCUCUGCUCACCCCAAACUGCCCCUCAAUGAGGUAUCCUCUACCGCACAGUACAUAAUACAACACUUCACAGCUGCCACUGGUUGCCGCAAGCUGGAAGGCAAAGUCAAGAACAUUUUUGCAACCGGGAAAGUGAUCAUGGCAAUGGUGGAUGAACCCGGCCCUGGCGGCGCCUCAGCUUCGGGCACCGCCACACUUUCGGAAAAAGGGUGCUUUGUAAUGUGGCAGAUGGUUCCUAAUAAGUGGCUGAUUGAGCUAGUUCUGGGUGGUCACAAGGUAGCAGCUGGUAGCGACGGCAAUGUCGCUUGGCGCCACACGCCGUGGCUAGGCGUGCACGCUGCCAAAGGCGGUGUUCGUCCUCUCCGGCGAGCUCUCCAGGGACUAGAUCCAAUGGCAAUAUCAGCUGUAUUUUCCCCGGCACAGUACAUGGGGGAAAAGCAAAUCUCCGGGGUUGACUGCUUUGUCUUGAAAUUGUCAGCUGAUCAAACGGACCUAACUGAACGAAGUGAUAGCACAGCAGAGAUGAUCAAACAUGUAAUAUUUGGCUACUUCAGCCAAAGAAAUGGGCUGCUUGUGUACUUAGAGGACUCUUACUUAACCAGGAUCCAGUCACCUGGAGCCUACCCUACCUACUGGGAGACCACAAUGUCAACGAAAAUUGAGGACUAUCGAACGGUGGAGGGCGUGAUGAUCGCGCACGCCGGUCAGACGAAUGUGAUCAUCACACGGUUCGGGGACAAUCUAAAGACGGGGGCGGCGAUCACGCGGUUGGAAGAAACAUGGACCAUUGAUGAUCUUGCAUUCAACGUCCCUGGCUUGUCCAUGGAUUGCUUCAUUCCUCCUAAAGAAGUACAGAAAGAUUACCCUAAGAACAACUUUGAUUGGAGAUCACCGUUGCAUUGA